GGGGAUCUUUUGUCCCUCCGAGGACACCAAGAGCACCAAAACUGUGGAGUCCUUUAAUGCAUGGAAUGACUCGGAAGCCAAUGCAUACACACCGAUGGAUCUGCCUCUCAGAGCUCCAACAAAGAUGACAGUGCAAGAUGCUCCUCGUGCCUUUCCCACAGUGGAUGUCCCAGAUCAUGCCCAUUAUACAAUUGGAGUUGUCAUUCUUAUAGUGGGGAUUACAGGAACUCUGGGUAAUUUCCUGGUCUUCUAUGCUUUCUGCAGGAGUAGGAGCCUUCAGACCCCAGCCAACAUACUCAUCAUCAAUCUAGCUAUUAGUGACUUCCUGAUGUCCAUUACACAGUCUCCAGUUUUUUUCACCAGCAGCCUCUACAAACACUGGAUUUUUGGUGAGAAAGGCUGUGAGCUGUAUGCCUUCUGCGGAGCUCUUUUUGGCAUUACAUCUAUGAUCACUUUGACGGUGAUUGCCUUGGACAGAUAUUUUGUCAUCACUAAACCUCUGGCUUCUGUUGGAGUGACGUCAAAGAAGAAGGCCCUAAUAAUCCUGGUAGGAGUCUGGCUGUACUCUUUGGCUUGGAGUCUCCCACCCUUCUUUGGAUGGAGUGCAUAUGUUCCUGAGGGUUUGCUGACUUCCUGUUCCUGGGACUACAUGACUUUCACACCAUCAGUCCGUGCCUACACAAUGCUGCUUUUCUGCUUUGUCUUUUUCAUUCCUUUGAUUGCUAUCAUAUACAGCUAUGUCUCUAUCUUUGAGGCUAUCAAGAAGGCCAACAAAUCUAUUCAAACAUUUGGAUGCAAACGUGGAAAUAAAGAGUUCCAGAAACAGUAUGAGAGGAUGAAAAAUGAAUGGAAGAUGGCCAAAAUUGCACUGAUUGUCAUCUUGUUUUUCGUCGUUUCCUGGUCACCAUACUCUGUUGUUGCUCUGGUAGCUUUUGCUGGGUAUUCCCAUGUCCUAACACCUUUAAUGAACUCCAUACCAGCUGUGAUUGCCAAAGCUUCUGUCAUCCAUAACCCCAUCAUUUAUGCCAUCACUCACCCCAAAUACAGAAGAGCCAUUGCAACAUAUGUUCCUUGCCUUGGACCCCUACUGAGAGUUUCUCCUAAAGACUCACGGUCCUUCAGCAGUUACCACUCCUCCAGACGAGCAACCGUAACCAGCCAGUCUUCUGAGAUAACUGGCCUGCAGAAAGGAAAAAGGAGAUUGUCUUCUCUCUCUGACAGUGAAUCAGGCUGUACUGAAACAGAAACUGAUACUCCCAGUAUGUUCUCCAGACUUGCCAGAAGACAAAUUUCCUAUGAAACAGAUAAAGACACAACUCAGGCUACUGACAUAAGAGCCAAAUCAACAAGCCAGGAUUCUGGGAAUUGUGGGAAGACAGCUGUAGAUGCUGAUGACAUAUUGAUGGUGGAAUUGAAUGUCACAGAGUACACGGCUACACCUACUCAAUCAUCUAAAACAUGCAGCUUGGAGGAAAUCAAGAAAAGUGAGAGCCUGAACAGUAUUGGACAAAGAAAAGGAGAGUCUCACCAGGGAUCAUCUUCAGCCCAGAUACCCAGUAUUACAAUAACGUGCAGCAGUGUCCAAGGAGUAGAGCUGCCUUCUAGAUACAACUCUGGUUUCCUGUACCCUAAAUCCAUCAGUCACAAGUAG